AAAUACAAAAUCCAAUCGCCGCGCGCAUCCUCGACUUUUAGGUAUCCGUGUCUCGUGUCCCACUUUUAUCGUUUUCCGCGUCGCGUCGCGUACUUUUCCGUAAAUAAAAAUCGUGUUCCUUCAUCCGUAUUCGCAGGAAGCACGGGCGACAAUUUAAAAAUCGCGAAACCCAACGAAUUCGAUUUGGUUUUUAAACUCGAAACUCCGUUUUACAAAGACAUCGUCGUAUCGAAGUGUCCGCGGAUUCCGGGAAAUGUUCUACUUAACUUAACACGCGUACUGGAGAAAUUAAAAGAAGAUCCCCGCGAGGAUUACCGGGCCAUUUACGAGUUCCUAAUGAACUUAGUCGACAAGAACAACUACCUAGUCGUGGACAAGCUCCGUAGCUUCCUGCAGAGUCGCUUUAGUCGAGCUCUCAACCGGAUCGGGUAUCGCAUCGAGGUCGAUGGUCAGGAGUCCCAACUGCGGUACAAGACCUGUGGGCCGGCCCACACCAUCUUCGUAGAUGAGCAGUACUCCGUGGACUUUGUGCCUUCCAUCCGUCUGGGGUUUGAGCAGAACGUCCUGUCCAGGGAUCUCCAAGGCUACCACGCGUGCGCGAAUCUCUCAUACUGGGACGCAAUCCCAAAGCCCUUCAAAUCUCCGUUACAACACCCGCCGCCGCAGCUCUCGUUCCGGUCUUCGUUUUACGCGGCGGAAAAAGCCAUCCUCGCCGGAAAGCAUAAGAAUUGUACGGACGCCAUAAAAUUUAUGAAAAACUACCGCGAUUUAAGGACCAAUUUGAGCCACUUAAAAAGCUAUUAUAUUAAAACCUUGUUUCUAUGGAAAAUUAGGUCUUCCCCGGAUUCCUACUGGCACGAGCAUCCACUUAAAGACAUUUUAAAGGAGAUGUUUGAAGAGCUCACGGAAUGCCUGAGGAAACGGCAGCUUCCCUUUUUCUGGGAUGCAGAGCUAAAUAUGCUAGAUGUCCUCACUGAGGAUCAAAUUACUGAGUUGUACGUGUGCCUGCGGGCAACAUCUGAGAAGCCCCUCAGUGUGGGGCGCUGCAGUCUAGGUCAGACCAGCACUCGUCUGCAUUAUGGAGUUAGGCAAAACAAAAGGAUGCCCUAUUAUUUUUUCAAAAGGAGCAAAGGGGCGUCCUUACAUCUCUGUCAUUCUUUUUUAAGGGGGCAUGCGCACUUGUAAAUUUCAAAAAAUCGAAUUUUUAUACCCUUGCAGAGGGUAUUAUAAUUUUGGUCAAAAGUGUGCAACGCAGUGAAGGAGACAUCUCCGACCCUAUAA